CAAUUUGCACCCUUUCCCAAGCUACUUCGAUCGCUAGAGCGAGGAAAGAUGGCCGAAGCUAACCACCCACCGGCCGACAAGCAGCGCUUCGACGCACUCAGCGCACUCGACAAUGCCAAGUUCUCCAAGUCUCACGUCAAGGCCAUCCUUGUGGCUGGCUCCGGGUUCUUUGUCGACUCGUACGACAACUUUGUCAUCGGUCUCAUGGUGCCCAUGAUCGCCUACGAAUACUUCGACAAGUCCAGUCUCACGUCACGUGCUGACGGAUGGGUCAAAGCUGCCUCCUCCUAUGGCAACGCAGUGGGUCAGAUCUCCUUCGCCAUCCUCGGCGACAUCCUCGGCCGCAAACGUAUCUACGGUAUCGAACUUAUGGUGCUCAUCGGUGGCGCACUGCUGUGUGGCUUCGCCGCUUGGCCCGUCAACGGCGAUGCCAACAACCUGCUCAUCUUGCUCAGUAUCUGGCGCUUCGUGCUUGGCGUCGGCAUCGGCGGAGACUACCCCGUCUCAGCCGUCAUCACCAGCGAGUUCGCGUCCUCCAAACGCCGCGGCACCAUGAUCGCCACCGUCUUCGCCAUGCAGGGUUUCGGUAUCAUCGCCGGUGCUGUCAUGGCUAUCAUCGUGCUAGCCGCAGCCAAGGACAGUAUCCUCGAGAACGGUGCAUCGUCACUCGGAUACUGCUGGCGUACACUGGCAGCGUUCGGCGCUAUCCCCGCCUUGGCCGCAGUUUACUGGCGUCUGAAGAUUCCGGAAACGCCACGAUACGCCAUGGACGUGCUCGGCGACACUGAGGAAGGUGCACGUGCUGCCAACCAGUUCCUCGCGUCAGACAAGAUCACUACCGACAUGUACGUCAAGGGCGACGGCAAGACCGGAUUCUUCGAGAACUUCUCCUACUCGUUCAAGACCUACUUCAACAAGUGGGCCAACCUUAAGGUGCUCAUCGGUUGUGCCGCAGCCUGGUUCUUCCUCGACAUCGGUUACUACGGCACGUCACUCAACACGUCGGUGGUGCUCGAAAUCAUCGGCUACGGCAGUCCAUCGUCCACGGGUAACCAGAAGAUCUACGACGACCUGUGGAACCGCUCGGUCGGCACGGCUAUUAUCAACCUCGCGGGUACAGUUCCCGGCUACUGGUUCACGGUCUACUUCGUGGACAAGUGGGGUCGCAAGCCCAUCCAGUACAUGGGUUUCGCGCUGCUGACGCUGCUGUUCCUUUUCAUGGCCAUCUUCUUCAACGAGCUCAAGACCGACAGCACGGCCGUCUUCGUCGUCAUGUACUCGUUCGCACAGUUCUUCUUCAACUUCGGUCCCAACGCUACAACGUUCAUCAUCCCUGCUGAGGUGUUCCCCACGGCGGUGCGCUCCACGGGUCACGGCAUCUCCGCUGCAUCCGGCAAGGUUGGAGCUAUCAUUGCCGCGCAGUGUUUCGCGGUGAUUGCGAAGGGCUCGUUCGGUUUCAAGGGUGUGUUGUACAUCUUCGCUGCGUGCUGCUUCAUGGGUCUGUUGUUCUCGUUCUGGGUGCCGGAGACGAAGAACCUGACGCUGGAGGAGCUGAGUUCUUUGGACAGAGAAGGUAUCGCAAAGGAAGACGACAUCGACCCAAGCUUCAAGGAUAUUGACCAAAACUACAAGGCUGUUCAGACUCCUGGAGCCUCUGUGCAGUAACGUGCCACAAUUUGGCCGUACGUCGUGGAAAGAUAUCCAGGUAAUAAACCCGUCGAUUCACUAAUUUUUUUUGCAUUACGUAACGUAAUUUACGUUUGAAUACAACUUACUAAACUGAAACAGUCUUUUUAAUUAAAAAAAUUGUACUGAGUA